GCCACUGUUGCCGCCUUUACCCUACAUGUGUUCGUAAAUAAAGAAAGUGGGAAAAUAAAUUUUGAAAAACAAUGGAAGAAAGUAUUGAACUAACUGAUUUUCCAAUUUUGUGUAGAAUAUGUUUAGAGAAGAGGGAACAUUUAAUUUCAGUUUUUCAAAUUUUUAAUUUAGAAGAUAAAACAUAUCAGGAAAUGUUAAAAGAAUGUGCUUCUGUUAACAUUUUCGAAAAUGAUUCCCUGCCUAAAAACUUAUGCCUUCAAUGUUCGCAACAUUUAGUACAAAGUUACAAACUUAAACUCAAAUGUAUAUCAUCAGAAAAACGUUUACAAACUUUAGUUGAAAAUUCACAAAAUAAAAUAAAAGAAGAAGAAACAAUUGUACUAUAUGAAAUAUUAGAUAAUGAUUUUGAUUUUCAUGAUGAUGACGAUAAUAAAGAGCAUGAUUUUAAUCAUUACUAUCCCAGAAUUAAUUAUUCCACAGAUCCAGUUGAAUACAUUCUAAUAGAGGAGGACACAGACGAUUUUCCUCACAGUAGUUCAAAUUCUAAAAAAAGUAGUAAAGUAGUGAAUUAUAAAUGUACAGAUUGUGAAGCGAGUUUUACAAGUACGAUUAAAUUGUUUGAUCAUGCCAAAGACGUUCAUUCAAAAUCGGUGGUACAGUGUGAGUUUUGUAAAACAGAUUUUAACAGAGGAAAAGAUUUUAAAACUCAUUGUUCUGGACCCAGUGUUUGUAAAUGGUGUUUAAAAGAUUGUGGUUGUUUUACUAAUUUAAUAGAACAUAAACAAAAACAUAAUGUUUGUGAUAAAUGUGGAAAAACAUUUAAUAAUGUUGAAGCUUGUCGAAAACAUAUGCAGAUUCAUAAAGAAAAAGGUUACUUAUGUGCCUAUUGUGGGAAAUCAUUCAGAGAUCGAAGUAAUAUGACCAGUCAUACUAGAACUCAUACCGGAGAAAAACCGUAUCAGUGUAAACUAUGUGAUGCAAAAUUUAAAGACAGUUGUCAUUUGAAAUUUCAUAUGACCAAACAUUCAAAGGAAAAGAAAUACGAAUGUGAUAUUUGUAAUGCAAAAUAUAAAUGGAUAGGGGGUUUGAAGCAACAUAAAUUAUCUCAACACACAGACGGUGAAUUUGCAUGCAGUUAUUGUGAUAAACGAUGUAAAACUAAAAAGUAUUUACAAAAACAUCAAUUAGUUCAUUCAGGUGAAUGGAACCUUGUAUGUACAUAUUGUAACAAGUUAUUUAAUAGAAAGGAUAAUCUUAAAGUGCAUUUAAGAAUUCAUACAGGAGAAAAACCAUUUGUUUGUAAUAAAUGUGGAAGAGGUUUUUCUGCUAAACAUGUUCUGAAUGGUCACAUGAAAACCUGUAACAUUAAAAAUAAUAUAUGA